AAACCACGGCCACGGUUGACGGAAACGACCGCAGAACUCAAGUACGUGUAACAACCUUAACCCUAAAGCCAACGACUUUGGGAAUGGACCAUGUCCGCUCACUCGAACCACUUGAUACCCAGUUGAACCCAAUUUGUUGAUAUAACAUUUCCCCGUGGAAAAGCGCACAAUGGAAAUUAUGCGAGCCGAGCGGUAAUGCAAUACUUUCUAUUUCAAUGCUAUGGUUACAUCAACUCGACUCGACUGGCCCAAGUCCUAAACCCAAUUGCGAAUCUUUCACUUUUGGGCCGGCUAUAAAAAGCAUCGGACAGAUGGCAACCAUUCGCAUUACUGCAGUGAGAUUCGGCCUGGAAGCCACGACCAUUGACAAGAUGUGGAGAUUUAUCUUAAUUUGCUUUUUCCAACUGAUUUGCGCCUCGGAGCACAGUGGCGAAGGAUACAGUGGAUACGGGGGAAGCGGCGGAGGAUCGGGUUCCAGCGGCGGAGGAGCCGAUGGCCACUACCAUCACCACACACCCACCACCUACUCGGAGAUCUCCAAACACGUGCCAGUUCACGUGAUCGAGAAGGUUCCCCUGCCCAUUCCACAUCCCGUGGCCGUUCAGGUGCCCAAUGUCAUCCGGCUGCAGAUCCCGGAACCCUAUGCGGUUCACGUCCCCGUCCAGCAGGAAAUCCAAGUGCCAAUCUACAAAAUAGUGCCCGAGAUAACGGAGAAGAAGAUCCCGUACACCGUGGAGAAGCCAUAUCCCGUGGAGGUGGAGAAACCGUAUCCCGUCGAGGUGAUCAAGCAGAUCAAGAUUCCGGUGCCGAAGCCCUAUCCCGUUCCUAUUACCAUCUACAAGCACGUCCUGCAGAAGGAGCACGGCUGGUAA